AUGGCGGACACAAGAGGUGAAGAGGAAGAAGCUGAUGGCAGCUGGAUUUCUAAAAUAAGAGGAUAAGAAAUUAAAGUUAGUAAAAAGUUCAUUUCCUCAUCAGAAUUAGGAGAAAUGGAUAUAUCUUUCUCAGAAGAUAUCUUAGACAACUAUGAUCUCCCAAUAGCAUGUGGUCAUUUACAGACCCAAGUUAGUCCUCCUCUUCAGAAAACAGCUUGCAUUCCUUCUGAACAGCAGGAGCCAGAGGAAGAAAGAAAUAAAAAUUAUUCCCAAGUAGCAAGUCUAAAAAAUAGCAAAUACCGAGUUAUUAAAGAAAUACAUGAAAACAAUCAACUAAAGCAGAUGGAGACUAGUCUCAAAGGGGAUAAAGAAGGAGCAGCAGCGAGAGAGGAUGAGCCUGAGGGAGUCAGAACUGACAACAAGGAUGCUUCUCAGAGAAUGGAGACAGAGACAGCAACUGAGCAUUUGCGAAACCAUGAUAAAAGUGUAAAACAAGCUUUUACUUUGUGCCUUGGAAUGCCCAGAUCAAGUCUGCAAGAGCUUGAAACCCUACUUCCAGAGUGUUCACUAGGCAUUAAUCUAAAUAGAAAUGGAAGCAAGGCCAGGGACACGCUAUCUUCCCGAGUAUUCCUGCCCAAACUUUGCAAGCAAACAAUGAUAAAGCCAAAACAAUGGCAGACAUUCAAGACAUUUUGCCCUCAUCAUAGAGAAGACCCAAAGCUAAACCAUGUACAUAAAGAUAUAACAGGAAUGCCAAACAAGCCAAUCCUGAGACCCAUUUCUGUGGAAUCUGAGGAACAGCAAACAGGUGGCCCAGAAGAGCAGCCCAGUGGAAUAAAAACAACACCUCCCGAGACAACUGGGGGUAAACCAGAUCUUGAAUAUGACCCCAACACUAGUCAUAUUGGUGGUACCAAGGAUCAUGAUACCAACAAGCCUAGAUUUCACAUCCCAUUUCCCUUAGUCUCCAGAGUAGAGCACCUUAAACAAGAGAUGGCCAGAGACAAUAUACAUUUUGUCCGGUUUGAAGCAACAGACCUACAUGGAGUGUCCAGGUCCAAGAGCAUUCCAGCUCGUUUUUUUCCAGAAAAAGCAAUCCAUGGUAUUUCCAUACCCAGAGGUUAUCUUGAGCUGACCCUGAAUCCUAAAGACAGUGAAGUGGAUCAUCUAAGUGUAACCAGUUUUAAUAGUGACAUCAUCCUGAUCCCUGAGUUAUCAACCUUCAGACCUCUACCAUGGGUUGAGAGAACAGCAAGAGUAAUAUGCGAUCCCUUUACCGUAAUGGGCAACCCUCUGUUGACCUCUCCCAGACACAUUGCCAAACGACAGCUGAGCCAUCUGCGGGACAGUGGUUUUUCUCUGCAUUCUGCCUUCACCUAUGAAUUCUGCAUUUAUGGUGUUGCUGAAGUCAUAGAUUCAAAGACAAUAUCCUUUCCUAUGGGAAUGUUACUAAGCAGUCAUGACCAGCUCUUCAUUCAGGAGCUUGUUGAUGGAAUGUAUCACAUGGGUGUCAAUAUUGAGAGCUUCUCUUCUUCCAUUGGGCCUGGUCAGAUGGAAGUGACUUUUUGGCCAGAAUUUGGCAUUACUUCAGCAGAUAGUGCUUUUACCUUCAGGACAGGCAGCAAAGAAGUGGCAAAGAAGCAUAAUUAUCUAGCCAGCUUUUUCACUGAGACAGGAUUUUACAAUUCAGGAAUUCUGACUCAUAGUCUGUGGGACACCAGUGGGAGGAAAAACUUGUUUUCCACUGGUUUCAGGGUACAGCAGCUCACAGACAUUGGGAAAAAGUGGUUAUCAGGACUCUUAAAACACUCUGCUGCUCUCAGCUGCUUAAUGGCACCUGCUGUCAGUUGCAGAAAACGCUAUUCUGCGGAUUAUAAAGAACCAAAGGAAUGCGUGGCUCCAACAUGGGGAUAUAAUGAUAAUAGCUGUUCUUAUAAUAUCAAAUGUCAUGGUGAGAAAGGUACUCAAAUUGAAAAUAAACUGGGUUCAGCCACAGCAAACCCUUAUCUUGUACUUGCUGCAACCAUUGCUGCUGGUUUGGAUGGAAUCCAAAGUGGGAAUAGUUUCUUGGAUGGUCCAAAUGACAGUGAAAACUUUGUUCAAACAAAACCUUCGGAAAUCCCUCUAAAACUGGAAGAUGCACUAGUGGCACUCGAAGAAGAUCAAUGUUUGCGGGAGGCUCUGGGAGAUGCCUUUAUCCAUUAUUUUGUUGCCAUGAAGCAGUAUGAGUUGGAAAAUGAAGAAUCUGAGUCAGAAAGAAAUAAAUUCCUAGAGUAUUUUAUUUAG